UCGCUUUUCAAUCUCCUCCGUCCUACCAACAACAAGUGAGGACCAGCGCUGCACGUCCAUCCGUUCUCUGUUCAGCGUCGGGGCUUUGAGUUGAGUUAUAGAUGUCUUCUGGAAUUUCUUUUCCCCUCGUCCAUUUCACUGCUUAAUCGAUGGGGAUGACAGAUUGCAGGUGCAGCGGCGGCGUGCGUUAGAACCAGCAGGGACGGUGUGUGGUGCACUAGGACCGGGGAGAGACUACUCUCAUUGUGAGCAUUGGAGCUGUAGAGGGAACCCCUCCACCCCCCCGCCCCACACACACACACACACACACACACACACACUGGAUCUGGCGAUUAUAUCCAUACAUUUCUUUUUCUUCCCCCCAGCCCCCAUCAUCGUGUCCACGGGGAUCGCACCAACGAGUGUGUUCAGGAAGCACACAAGAGUGGAUUUCUAAUUCGGCGUAAAAGUCAGCUAUUAGAUAUUUUUGUUGCCUUUUGAAAAAAGAAAGGGGGUGAGGUUGUCAUAUAAUCUUUCUUAGGUUCUAGGAAAAUCUUUUUUUUUUUUUUCCUCAUCGGUCUUUACCUUCAUCUCCAAGAGCGCAAAGUGACAUCUGCGCUACAAAGCGCCCAGUGCACUUUCUUUUCCUCCAAAAAAAAAAAGAAAGAAAAGAAAAGGGGGACAGAAGCAUAUACAAACCUUCAUUGGCUGAAUGGGUAACCUCGCAGAAACACAGAUCACCUCCAGCUUGCAGCCACUGUACGCGCACGGUUUUUUCCUCUACUAACCGGGAGUUGUGAUGUCCAGAGCCUUCCCCGCUGACUGACACUCGGCGUCGUACCAUUUUGGAACCGAACUGAAGGCUUUGAGGACGGGGGAGGAAGAUGAGACCUCCCAGCCCUCUCCUGAUCCUGCUGUACUUCACCCUGUCCAAGAGUGUGAAAGUGGUCUCAAAGAGAGGCUCAGUGGACGGCUGCACAGAUUGGUCAGUGGAUUACAAGAAGUACCAGGUGCUUCAGGGUGAGGCAGUGCGUCUGAAGUGCGCUCUGUUCUAUGGUUACAUCCGGAGCAACUACAGCCAGGCCCAGAGCGGGGGCCUUAGCCUCAUGUGGUACCGCAGCUCCGGCCUCGGCCACACCGACUUUGAAGAACCAAUCUCUUUUGAUGGAGUGCGCAUGAGCAAGGAGGAAGAUGCCAUCUGGUUCAGACCUGCUGACCUUCAAGACGUGGGACUCUACUCGUGUGUUUUACGGAACUCUACGUACUGCAUGAAGGUCUCCAUGGCUCUGGCUGUGGCUGAAAAUGACACAGACCUCUGCUACAACUCCAACAUGAGAAUAACUGAGAAGGCUGAGCUCAGUAGAAGGUUCCACAUCCUAUGUCCAGAAAUAGAUGACUACGUUGAACCUGGGAAGGAGCCUGAAAUCACGUGGUACAAGGAGUGUCGUCCAAAAAAGUGGCGGGCCACUAUCUUCCAGAGGGGAAACAAGUUGUUCUUUCAAGAAGUUAAGGAGGACGACAUUGGGAAUUACACCUGCGAAAUCCAGUUUGGCGGCUUUGCUGUCAGAAGGACGACGGAACUCACAGUAACUGCUCCUAUAACAGUCGACCCGCCAAAGAUCCUGUUUCCAGCAGAAAACAAGACGACAAACAUGGAGACACAACUCGGAAGCGCUUUGAACCUCACAUGCAGAGCAUUUUUUGGCUACAGCAGAGACGCCAGCCCGCUUAUCUACUGGAUGAAGGGCGAGAAGUUCAUAGAGGACCUGGACGAAGAGAGGGUCCAGGAAAGUGACAUCAAGCUUGUCAGGGAACAUCUCGGAGAGCAGGAAGUGGCAAUUUCCUUGACUAUUGAGUCUUUGGAGGAGGAGGAUUUAGGAAAUUAUUCCUGUCAUGUGGAAAAUAGUCACGGGCAUAUCAACGCCACCGUUCAGAUCUUCAGGCGGGCAGAGCUCAUGUACACAGUGGAGCUGGCAGGAGGGCUGGGAGCAAUUCUGCUGCUUCUCAUCUUCCUCAUCUCCCUGCACAAAUGCUACAAGAUUGAGCUGAUGCUUUUCUAUAGGAGGCACUUCGGCAGCGAGGAUGUGGAUGGAGAGAACAAAGACUAUGAUGCAUAUCUUUCAUACACCAAAGUGGACCCUGACCAGUGGAGUCAGGAGACCAGGGAGGAGGAGCGCUUCGCCUUGGAAAUACUACCCGAUGUGCUGGAAAAACAUUACGGCUACAAGCUCUUCAUCCCUGAUCGAGACCUCAUUCCAACAGGCAGUCUCACCAAUGAGCAUUACCAGGAUGACACACGACUUUUUGGAGCGUACAUAGAGGACGUUGCGCGUUGCGUAGACCAGAGCAAGCGCCUCAUUAUAGUUAUGACACCCAACUACGUGGUGCGGCGAGGUUGGAGCAUCUUCGAGCUAGAGACCCGACUGCGCAACAUGCUGGUGAGUGGCGAGAUCAAAGUCAUCCUGAUCGAGUGCGCCGAGCUGCGCGGCAUCAUGAACUACCAGGAAGUGGAGGCCCUCAAACACACCAUCAAAACCCUCACCGUCAUCAAGUGGCGGGGCCCCAAAAGCAACAAGCUCAACUCAAAGUUCUGGAAGCAGCUGCAGUACGAGAUGCCCUUCAGGCGCACAGAGCCCAUGCUCACGCACGAGCCGGCGCUGGACGUCAGUGAGCAGGGUCCCUUCGGGGAGCUGCAGACCGUCUCAGCCAUCUCCAUGGCGGCGGCCACUUCCACGGCCAUGGCCACCGCCCAUCCAGAGCUGCGCUCCUCGUUCCACAACACCUACCACACCACCAUGAGGCAGAAACACUACUACCGCACCUACGAGUAUGACAUACCCCCGGGGGGUACCCUACCAGCUCUCUCGACUCUGGGGAACCAGCACACCUACUGCAACAUCCCGUUAACACUGCUGAAUGGGCAAAGGCCUCCGGGGAAGAGCCGAGAGCACAGCCUGGAAGAGGCUCACGCCAACAACGCCAUGCUCCCGCUGCUGCCAAGAGAAACCAGCAUCUCCAGUGUCAUCUGGUAGUGAUGAGCGGUCUCGACAUCGGCUUCGGGAAGACCAAGGUCAGGGUCGGAGAUGACGAGAACCAAAAGGAGAAGUUGGAUCUGGAAAUGGAUCUGUUCAGGUCCAGGCAUCACCACUGAUGGAAAACACAGGUGUGGGGACGGUUUCCCCUGUCUUUGAAGAGGACCAGUCUCUUCUAAUGAGCGAUUUUAUUUUCUAUGUGGAAAUGAAGAAAACAUUUAAAAUAAAACUUUUCUUUUUUUCUAAAUGGACAAAUAAAGUGCAGGAACUCCGCUUUAAGGAAGACAAACACAAUUCCAACAUCUUCACAAAAAGAAAUGUGCAUACAUACAAACAAAAGGAAAACAGGGUCUGUACAUAUAUUUGCAUUUUAUUAGUAGCAUCGGUGUUUUCCUGUUUUGUUAUUUAGUCUGUUUAAUUCAACCAUGUCUGUUGCCUUCUCUACUGUAGGACUUUGCUUUAAAAAUGUUACACAAAGUUGUAUAUUUUUUAUUCUUUUCAGUUUUUUUUUUAUCUUACUUUUAACACGCUUGAUUGGAAAGCCAGUAUGUCAUGUACUUGCGCUGUUGUGUUCUUUCUAUUUGUUUUAUCUUGUUUGUUUGUUUUAAAUCAUUCUGUAGUUUAAGCAAACUUUUUUUAUGAAAGAAAAAAAUACUUUUUGGAAGACCUGGACAUCUUCAGGAGAUGUGAAGUGCUGAAACCCGUUUUCGUUUGCCUGUACAAGGUGUAUCUAUUUUAAAACAGAACUCCUUUGGGAAAAAAAAAAUCAUAGAAUAUGCAAAAAGACUGAAGAGCUGGCUAAAAACAUCCGGCCGCGUGGGGCACAGAUGAGAGAAGUGGUUGGAGAGAAGCACCGGUCCCCUCCAAUCAGACCGACAGACUGGCAGAUCUCUUUCUGAUGCUUCGUUUUUUGUUUUUAUUUUGUUUUUUUUUUUUGUUUUUUUCUAUCGAAACAAACAGCCUGGCUGUUUUAGACUGAUAGAGAUAUGCCUCACCUUAAAAAGAAAAUCUGUAGAUUAUUUAAAAAAAAAAAAAUUCUAUUUUUAUAACAGAAAAGAGUUUGCUUGAGAGGUCAUACUUAUUUGCAUUUCAUCUUUCAUAUAGAAAGGGGAUCGAUGUCUCUGCGUUCUGUUGGUUUUGUACUCUUGUGAAAGUGGUUUCUGAUUCGCUGAGAGACGAGGCCGGUUUUUGAAUCCCACCUGACGGAUACACCCUCUACUACUUCAGGUUCUAAAGAAACGGAAAAAUACAUUUCCAAAUGUUUUCGUUUUUGAUGCAUCAUUUUAUUGCCAUCUUGAAAAUUCAGGUUUAUUUGGUUCAUAGAGAUAGUUCACGAUUUAAUGAGAGAAAAGAAACCAGGUGUGUUUUGAAAGACUUUUUAAAUAUAUUUGAAGGUGUGAUUUUUAAGUAUGCAUAGCAAAUAGAUAUGUAUUCUAUAUAUAAUAUAGAUAUUUAUAUAAAUAUAUAAACACAAUUUUCACUUGGAAAGAAAUGUCUAUCUUUAUAGAAACACAAUCAUUAUCAGUUGCCCUUACUUUCUCACUGCACAUUAAAAGCAUUGAUUUCC